UUGUGUUGGGGGGGGGGGGGGAAGAGCCGCUCUGCUCCAUAGGGAAUUCCCUCUGGAUCCAACAGGGAUUUUCCCCCCUUUCUAUCCCUUUCCAUAGGGAUCUCGUCCGUAUCCAAGCGCUUCAUCGCCGCGUAUUCCAGCGGCUGGGAAAUGGAAGGAUAACAGGGAUAACCGGAGCCGACAUUCCAUGUUUUGGGAAUGAGCAAGGAGCAGGAAGGAAAAGCGGAGGCCCCGGGGUGGGGCAUUGGGGCUGCGCAUCGGAGCGGAACGGCCGCAACAGGGAAGCUCCGGGGAUCCCGGAUCUUGGCGUGUUCCUGAUCCUGGAGGAUCCAAUCCCGACUUUGUCUGCACCAGUUCAUCCCAGUCCGGUGCCAGCUGCUCCAGGGAAAGCACCGGGAUUCAUCGGGAAUCCUCUGGGAUGUCCACCAAGGCUCCCAUCUACCUCAAGAGAGGAAGCAGGAAGGGAAAGAAGGAAAAGCUUCGGGAUAUCCUGUCCUCGGAUAUGAUCAGCCCCCCAUUGGGUGACUUCCGGCACACCAUCCACAUCGGCACAGCCGGACAAGGGGAUACCUUUGGAGACAUCUCCUUCCUCCAAGGCAAAUUCCAUCUCCUGCCCCAUUCCCAACCCACCUUCUCCAGGACAUCCACCAUAUCCGGGCAUGGAACACCGGGAAUUCCAUCCCCGCUGCUGAAGAACGCCAUCUCCUUGCCCACCAUUGGUGGUCCUCAAGCCAUCACGCUCCCAGUGGCACCAGCGCCUCCCAAACCACCCCGGCUCCAUCUGGAUGAGGUUGGGAAGAGGGAUGAGGAGAUGGGAUCCAUCCCAACCAAUGGCUUUGGGGCUCGGGAUGAAUCCGGGUCCACGGAGCCUUUCCUAUCCCAUGCGGGAUCGCUCCUGUCUCUCCAUGUGGAUUUGGGACCGUCCAUCCUGGAGGAUGUGCUGCAGGUGAUGGAGAAGCACCAGGAAUUGGGAUGUGGAUCCCAAGCGGAUUCAGGCCUGCAGGAGAGCUUGACGUGAAGGAUCCAUAGGGAUAGACAUUGGGCAAUGGUUGGGGGAGGUGGUUCCUCAACUGAUCCCUAUGGAUUCUCCACCUCCGGAGCAUGGAUAUGGUGCUGUUGGUGGGGGGGGUGUUGGGAAUGGGUCGUGCUCCAUGCUUGGAACUUGGUGGCAAUGCUGGAAUAUCACCCGAAUCCCAACGUUUCCUUGGCAAAUGUGGCUUCACUGAAGUGAAAAUCCCUCUUGGGAUGGAUUCUGGGAUGAAAUCCAUGCUUGGAAUUUUGGGAUGGAAUUGGAAAGCGGAAGGAAUCCCAAGCAAGGAGUGAGCACCAGGCCCCAUUCCCAUGCUGGGGAAUGGGAUCCAUCCUCACCAGCACCUUCAUCCUCAUGGGAUGGAGGGAUGAGAGGCUUCGGAAUUCCGAGCUCUGCUGCUUUAUGGGAUAAUCCGCAUGGAACUGCUGUCAUGGAGCAAGUGUGGCCUCAUCUCCGGGACUCCACCAUUAAACUCCCAUCAUUUUCCAGCCUUUCUGGGAAUUUUGGGUGGCAACAUCCCAAAACCUGGAAUUCCACCUGGGUUCCCACCUUCCUUUAAGCCGGAUCUGGGCACUGGGUUGAGCUCCAGCUUUGCUUGAGGCUCUUCCAGCUCUGUUCUCACCCAGUCCAAGCUCCAAUGGGAUAUCCAGCGCCAUUCCCAAAUCCCCUCUAAUAGGUUUGCCAACCAAUUUUAAGGGAAAAAACCCUGGAAUUGGAUCAUUUUGGGUGGUUUUCCAAGUGUUUUAUAGGAAUUAUGGUAUUCCAAUGUCUUCGUGUGGUUGGAUAACACCAAACCCCAUGGAUUUCACCCUAGACUGAGCUGGGGAUGGGGAUUUUGGCCCAACUUCCUCAUGAUUCCCUACCUGGAUUGGGAAUUCCGAGAUAAUCCCAUGCAGGUAACAGCCCCAAAUCCCCUUUUUCACCCCAGGUUUGCUCCAAGAAGCUGGAAUUGGGGCAUGGAUUUGGCACUUCCCUGCUCUAUUUGGUAUCAAGUGAUAUCAGAUUAUCCCAAUCCCAGUUUUCCCCCAUUUUUCCAGGUGGAAUUCUUCAUUUGAGCAACACAAAAUUCCAUUCCUGGAAUGAAUCUUUAUUAGCAAUAAAAUCCCUGUGGAUUCUCCCUUUCCUUAACCCUUUAA